AUGAUCAGCCAACUUCGUAGACUAUCUCUGGAUACAAAUACAAAGACCAAAGCAUCAUCCAAGCGAAAGAAAUCAUUGUCUGUCAGGAUCAGCAAGGAACCCCCUGUCAUUCAUAAAUUUGAACAAGACAAUCUUGAGUGUAGCUUUGAAUGUAUCUAUGAUCCAGAGGUACUUCAUGAUAGCGAAGAAGAUCAUGCUGAUCUGCUCUUCCAUGAUGGCAAGAAACGGUUGUGCAAGCCUUGGGAAGCCCACUCUUGUGUUGAAGAACAGCAAAGCAACAACAUGUCAGGUGUCUUUAAACGCUUGACCACAUGGACCCCGACAAGAAUGGGCCGUUCAUCAACAUCAAGUCAAGAUAUACCGGCUGCGAUCUCACCUGUAUAA